AUGGUCGAUAUCGACGAGAAAGUAUUGGCUGAGAAAGGGCUAAGGCCCAGCGAUACGCAGCUUGGAGAUGUUCACGAUCUCCAAGUCCUCAACGCACUGGGGUAUAAGCCAGAGCUACGACGGAAUAGAUCGAUGUUUACGCUUCUAUUCCAAUCUCUUGCUAUUGCCGCCAUACCUUAUGGAUUUGGUAGUCCGCUCAUAUCAGCGGUAUACGGCGGAGGACAACUUCCUAUGUUUCUGGGAUGGAUAGUGGUGAUCAUACUUGACGAAUGCAUUGCCCUGUCCCUGAGCGAGCUUGCUUCGAGAUAUCCAACAUCCGCUGGCCCCUACUAUUGGUCGUUCCAACUUGCCAGCCCCCAAUAUCGUACCGUACUCUCCUUUAUCACUGGAUGGUGCUGGCUCAUCGGCAAUUGGACGAUUACGCUUUCGGUGAACUUCGGCUUUGCAUCUCUCGUCGCCGCCACCGUCAACUUGUUCCAACCGGAUUUCGCCGUCGAGCCUUGGCAGCUCCUCUUGAUCUUCUAUGCGUUAUGCUUUUUGACCUUCUUCGUCGUUGCCUUUGGAAACAAGCUCCUACCUCUGGCCGAUACCAUCUGUGCCGUCUUUACGGCCAUUAGCAUCCUUGUUACACUAAUUACCCUCUCAGUCAAAGCAGAGACAGGCCGACAUUCACCUAGUCAUACGCUAGGCCAUUAUGACACGACCUUAUCAGGCUGGGGUAACUUCUCCUUCUUUAUCGGCAUCCUUCCCGCCGCAUACACUUUCUCUGCUAUCGGUAUGAUUUCUUCCAUGGCUGAGGAAUGUGACAAGCCGACUGUCAAACUACCAAACGCACUGUCGUUGUGCAUACCUGUUGGCGGAAUUGCAGGCCUUUUCUUUAUUAUCCCCAUAUGUGCCACGCUGCCGGACCUAGAGGACAUUCUCAUGGCACCCGUCGGCCAGGCGUUACCGUACAUCUUCGGCCAAGUGACUGGCUCGCCUGAGGGCGGCCUAGCAUUGACUGUACUCAUUUUCAUUAUUACUUUCUUUUGCUCUGUCUCGAUUACUGUAGCCGCGUCACGUUGUACGUGGGCAUUCGCGCGAGAUAAUGCGAUCCCUCUGGCUUCCCUAUGGGCUAAGAUUGAUGAGACACAUGGGACGCCGAUCUGGGCGCUCGGGCUGACUACAGUCGUCCAGCUCCUCCUGGGCUUGAUCAAUCUUGGCUCUACCUCCGCGUUCCUGGCCUUCGUAUCUGUAGGCGUCAUAUCGCUUGCUGUUUCCUAUGGCAUCCCUAUUGCUAUCUCUGUGACAUACCGACGGAAAGAAGUUCAGGUGGCUCACUGGAGGAUGCCAAGUGUUGUAGGAUUUGCUGUUAAUAUCGUCGCAGUGACGUGGAUCGUCUUCGAAUUAGUGCUCUUCUCAUUACCGACCGUGCUUCCGGUCACUGCUGCUAGUAUGAAUUAUGCGAUAGUAGUUUUCGUAGGCUUCAUGGUCUUGAGUGCUAUAUGGUAUGGCAUCUACGCUCGAAAAGUAUAUCGAGGACCUCCUGAAUCCGAUGGACUUAUUGUGGAUUCAUGA